UGAGACGGCUUUUGUGUGGCAGCACAGAGAUUCGUCUGCCGUUUGUGUCACUGGGAGGGGAAGAUUCCUGCUGAUGGUCACGCUCAUGUCAACUGCAGGCUUUUAUUAGCGUUCUUGUACGACUUAGGAAGGUUUUAAAGAGUCCUGCGAUUGUCAUUAGGUGGUCGUCAGAGACAGGUUUGUUCCGGAUAGCCAGUUGCUGACAGGAGGAAGUUGGUGACUGCUUGCCCCAUCAUCGUCUCCGUCUGGGACAAAACAAAUUUAUCACAACCAACUUUUUCACAAGAGCGGAGAGGAAACCAGGUACGGUGGAGGCGAACAACUUCCCGCAGGGUGCCGACAUGUCGUCGGUGACCACGAUGGCGUUACCUGGCGCUGCAGUCGGCGGCGGUGCAGGUGAGGAGGCCCCAUCAUCCUCAUCCUCGCAGAGUGUGGUGUCACCAGACCCAACCGGGCAGCAGAGUCGCAAGAGGAAGCAAGGCAUGAAGGAGGGAGAGUUUGAUGACGAUGAUUACAGCCAGGGUGGGUCACACUCACAGGGCACCAAGUAUGCCAGAGAGAACCACAGCGAGAUUGAGCGCCGCAGGCGCAACAAGAUGACGGCGUACAUCGCCGAGCUGUCGGACAUGGUGCCCACGUGCAGCGCCCUGGCACGGAAACCGGACAAGCUGACCAUCCUGCGCAUGGCUGUGUCACACAUGAAGUCCCUCAGAGGAACAGGUAACACCAGUACAGAGGGAACCUACAAACCCUCCUUCCUCACUGACCAAGAGCUCAAACACCUUAUACUGGAGGCAGCGGAUGGUUUCCUGUUUGUGUCAGCGUGUGAGACGGGUAGAAUCAUCUACGUAUCAGACUCUGUGGUGCCCGUCCUCAACCAAUCACAGUCGGACUGGUUUGGCUCGACCUUGUACGACCUUGUCCACCCUGAUGAUGUGGAGAAGGUCCGUGAGCAGCUCAGCACGGCAGAGAACCCCAAUCAGGGCCGUAUCCUGGACCUCAAGACUGGAACAGUGAAGAAAGAAGGGCACCAGUCGUCCAUUCGUCUGUGCAUGGGGUCUCGACGUGGCUUCAUCUGUCGCAUGCGGGUUGGCAACGCCAUCCAGGACCCUUCCCAGCAUUCCCGGCUCGCCCACAUCCGGCAGCGGAACGGGCUGGGUCCGCCGGGGAAGGACGGGGAGCAGUACGCCGUGGUACACUGCACGGGGUACAUCAAGUCAUGGCCGCCCACAGGAAAACUUGCCGCUAAGCUGGUCAAUGCAGGUGUGGUGCUGGAACAGCAGGAUGCGGACGCGGAUGGCCACGGCAACAGCCACUACUGCCUGGUGGCGAUCGGCAGGCUGCAGGUGACCAGCUCCCCGAGCUGCAGCGACCUCAACACCACCUCACCCCCCACCGAGUUCAUCUCCCGACACAGCAUGGACGGCAAGUUCACCUUCGUGGACCAGAGAGUGAUCCCUGUCCUGGGAUAUCAGCCCACGGACCUGCUGGGGAAAACCUGCUUCGACUUCUACCAUCCCGAGGACCAGCCCAACUUGAAAGAGAGCUUCGAGCAAGUACUUAAGAUGAAGGGGCAGGUGAUGUCGGUGAUGUACCGCUGUCGGGCCAAGAACGGGGAGUGGGUGUGGCUGCGGACAAGCCUCUUCAGCUUCCAGAACCCCUACACUGAUGAGGUGGAGUACAUCGUGUGCACUAACACUUCAGUCAAGAACCUCCAACAGCAGCAGCAGCAGCAGGAGAUGGACAGACUACGAGCCAUGGAGGGGAAGGGCAUGCCUGCACUCACCUCUGCACAGUUCGACCCCACACAAGUACAGACUGUACAAGGUAUGGACCAGGAUGACAAGGCGAAGGACUUAUCUGGUUACCCAGACAACCGCGAGGCGUACCAGGCCACGGGGAACUACAUGAUGCCGUCCCCCGGCGUACAGGACCCCAACAAGCCGCUGGCCUCGCCUCCGGCAUAUGGUCCUGGGUCUGUCCAACAGAGCAUGGUAUCAGCUGGAGGGGCGCUGGCUGAGAUGGUCCGUCGACGACAGGGGCCCAAACCAGCCACUUGGUCAUCUCCUCCGUUUGCCAAUCAGACAUCCAACUCUCGCAACAGUAAACCCCAGUCCCCCACCUUCACCACCAUGGCAUCUGGGGCUGCAGCUGGCUACCCACCCACGGUGUCCCCAGCUGUCAGCUACAGCCCCACAGCAACAUCCCCGGGACCCACCUACACCCAGCUCAACUCCUCACAGAGGGUCUACCCAGGAUACCAGGGAGAAAAAGAUGGCGUCCCCCCAGGUAGCCUGGGUCCAUGGGCUGCACAGUGGCCGCAGGGGGCCUCGGCACAGUCUGGCACCAGCGAGCACCCCCCUCAACAGCCCCAGGAGAUGUUCCCUGACAUGUUGACCAUGUUAGACCAGCCCCCGACCGGCAGCAACUACAACAACGAGGACUUUGGUGACCUGUCCAUGUUUACAACCUUCUCCGAGUAAACAAACAAUGUUCACUGGAGGGAAAGUCUGUUGAUGUGGCAUAUCUAACAUUUCUGGAUCACAAUGCAAUGUUUUUAGGUGUGGUAAUGAUUGUUUCUAAAAAUAAUUCAGCCUGGGGCUCAAAAUCAUGAAGGUGUUAACGUGACUUUCAGUAGGUGAAUUCUACUUACUGUAUAAGUGAAACUGUCAACUGUUGUGUAAUCUGUACAUUACUGUUGCAUGUAAGUCCUGUAUUGUUUCUUUUUUUCCAAAUUAGAAGUUUCAAAUAUUUUGUUACUGAAAAAAAUUGAUGUACAUGUAAACAACUUUUGGCUCUGCUCUAGGUGUAUGCAAAUUUUUGAAUGUUUCUAAACAUGUAUGUAAAGUCUACAUACAGUAUCUAGUUUUGGUAACAAUUUAAACAAUAGACCAUUGUGUACGAUACAUGUAAAGAUGUUGUGCCCAUGAUACAAAUUGGUGAAUCUGUAUGGGGUUUGUUAUGUGUGAUGAUAUUGAUACAUGUAUCUUACGUCAUCAUAGUACUAUUUGUUGUAAAUGGACUGCUAGUAAGUACACGGGAUAUUUGUGAAAGCACAUCUGUAAGAAUCAAAGCACACCUAUCAGACAACCUAAAUAAAAGCCUUUACCUAUUUUUCCUUGGAUUUUAGGCAACGUAUUCUCUCAUCAGAAAGGUACAAACCUGAUUUAGGCAUGGGUAGCAUUUCACCAGAAUCAUGCAAGUCCAGUAUAUGUACUAGUAAUUGUUUAGAUUGAAACAAAGUCCAUUGUAAUAUGAUUGAUAAUGCCCUAAAUGGAAAAUACUGAGGUGUGAGGUAUCAGAAAUCUUUUGAGUACUCGUGCAGGAUAAAUGUGGUGUUCCUGGACUUUUACAAGGCUUGCACUUUUGAUGUGUCUGGCUGUACAAUUUUUGCUACAGUUGAACUGUUGUGUAUCACCAUUGGGGGUAAUAUAAUGAGAGCUAGUGCUAUGCAGAGCACAUUGUUUAGUCAUGGCAACAUUAUUUACUAUUUCUACUAUCAUCAGUUUUUUUAUUAUCUAACUUGGAGCUAAAUGUUCUGAAAUGGAAAAAUCUAUUUUACAUGUAUGUCACCAGCAUUUAAGUAUACUUUUUAUUGUGUAGAGUAUUGAAGCAUAAAAUGCUUUUAGGUUAAAUAAUUGUGUCACAGGUUAAGGAUGUGCCAUGGCUAUUCUUUUACCAUUGCAAUUUUAUGAUUUCUUAAAUAAGAAAGUCCUAGAAGGUUAUAGAACUUCACACAGUACAGUGGUGAAGUAGCUUGUGUAGUUUAGUAUUCAUGUAUCCAAGAUGCAAAUAAAGUGCUUGACUGUAGCUCAGAUAGACUGUGACAUACUGGAAUGUACUUUCAUUGUAGAAAAUCUUUAAUUGAAAGAUUUUGGCAGAUCAUGUUUAACUUAAUGGAUUAGCCAGUGGUGAAUAUAUUGUCUUGAUGUGCAGUAGUAAGAUGGUACAAAUGAUGACAGGUGUGUUAUGACACUUACUGGACACAUACUUGUGUAUGACAGUUACUACUGUUCACAUCUGUAUCAAAUGAUGUUCUGUUUUGUACUGAGAGCAUGUGAUGAUAUUUCCUGUAAAUUUCUUUUCCAUGUGCCAGUAUGGGUUAAAUAAAGGCUUGUUCUACAUUGUACCUGC